UAGCGGCCCCGAACUGUGCAUCUUACGGGAUAAUGUGUUAUGGCGGUUCCUAUCUUGAGGUGGCAACGAAUCACAAAUUCUGCAGGGCCUCAACCUCGGCCGCGGCAUGGUCACAGGGCAGUGGCGAUUAAAGAUUUGAUGGUGGUCUUCGGAGGAGGCAAUGAAGGCAUAGUAGAUGAGCUGCAUGUAUUCAAUACAGCUACAAACCAGUGGUUUGUACCAGCAACAAAAGGAGAAGUACCACCAGGAUGUGCAGCAUACGGGUUUGUUGUAGAUGGCACUCGAAUACUCGUCUUUGGGGGCAUGGUCGAAUACGGAAAAUACAGCAAUGAACUGUAUGAAUUACAAGCUAGCAGAUGGGAGUGGCGGAGGUUACGACCCCGCCCUCCGCGGAAUGGACACCCACCGUGCCCCAGACUUGGACAUAGUUUCACUCUCACCAACAGUAAGGUCUUCCUGUUUGGAGGCUUGGCAAAUGAGAGUGAUGAUCCGAAAAACAACAUACCAAGGUAUCUGAAUGAUCUUUAUACUCUGGAUUUGAAGACGAGUACCACUGCUUGGGACAUUCCACAAACAAAGGGUACACCACCGUCUCCAAGGGAGUCUCACACAGCAGUGGCGUACACACAGAAAGCCACUGAAGUAACUCGUAUUGUCAUUUAUGGUGGAAUGAGUGGUUGUCGCCUAGGGGACCUUUGGUUUUUGGAUUGUGAUACUUUCUCAUGGACGAGACCUGUAUUGAGAGGAGUCCCGCCCUUACCACGAUCUUUGCAUACAGCGACUUUAAUAGGUGAAAGGAUGUUUAUAUUUGGAGGUUGGGUGCCACUAGUUGUUGACGAUGUGAAAGCAGCAACGUUGGAGAAAGAAUGGAAGUGCACAAAUUCAUUAGCAUCCUUAAACCUAGAAACUCUCACAUGGGAGCAACUUGUAAUAGACACAAGUGAGGAAUACAUGCCUCGUGCUCGUGCAGGACACUGUUCUGCAGGAAUCCACACGAGGUUGUAUGUGUGGUCUGGUAGGGAUGGAUAUAGGAAGGCGUGGAACAACCAGGUAUGCUGCAAAGACCUGUGGUACCUGGAGGUUCUGCAUCCAAUGCAGCCUCAUAAAGUUCAGUUGGUUAGAGCCCAAACUGAAGAACUCGAACUAUGUUGGCCAGCAGUUCCCACUGCAGAAGCUUAUCGUAUACAGCUACAUAGAUAUGAAAUGCCACCAAAUUGGAGUAUGCCAUCAUAUCCCCCAGUACCGAUCAGAUCUCCACCACAACCUGUUCCUUCACCAACAAAGAGCCCUCCAUCUCAGGUCGAGAAAACAUCUCCACAAAAAGAUAAUACUUCAUGUAAAUCUGCUGCUAUUCUUAGCACCCCUGUAAUGUCCCCACCAUUGAACAUUCCACAGGAGAAAUCACUGAGUGCAGAACUGGAGGAUGCUGAAGCAGACUUGUUGUCCUUGCAGAACAUUAUUGAACCUUUGCCAUCAACUAAAAUAACACCACCUGCAUUACCUACCUCCACAGUUCCAACAGCUGUUACUGGCAUAACGCCAGCAAAUCAAAUGAAACCUCAAGUCGGUGUUAUUGCCACUCCUACCACAAAAUCUUCAUUGGCUUCAAUGUUAGCAGGAAUUAAAUUGCCAUUGUCUUCCAGUAACAUGCCUGAUCUGGUACCUAACACCACUGCAGUGACUACACCUACCACCACAACUGUCUCUACUCUACCCACUCUGCCAGUGCUAACUUCCCCCAUUACCUCUCCCAAAAUGACUGUACUUACGACAGUGUCAUCACCCACAAGAAUUGCACCACAGCCACAGAAUGGUACAAGGGUUGCAACUGUUGCGUCACCAGCUCGCAGCAUUAUUCCUGUGGUUCAACAGUAUUCACCUGGAAUUAGAGCAUCUCCACAGGCGACGUUACUUAGAGGGGUUUCUCCAGCACAAGGAAAGCAAAUAAUUUUACAGAAGUCAGCCAAUUCCACUGGAUCAAACCUAGUAACAUUUGUGAAAACAAGCCAAGGAGUCACUGUUGCGAUGCCAAAAACUUCGGUGGUGCAAGCAAAACCGGGAACAGCAGGUCAAGUAACAGCAAUUCAAACUGGGCAGAAAACAAUCCCAGCUGCUACAAUUGUAAAGCUUCUGAGUGGUAAUCAAGGCACAGGUGUUCAGAUACCACAAAUAAAGGGUGUGCCAUCAAACAUAAUGGUCACUAAAGCUCCAGGUCCUGGAGGAAAGCAAACAAUUGUUAUUACGAAACCUGGUUUGUCACCUGCUGGACCGACAGCAGUUGGUGUCCGACCUGCAACUGGACAACAGUUUAUUGUUGUUACGACGUCACCUGGGAUCCGCACUGUGCAGUCAGUUACAUCAUCACAAGCGGGAAAUGCUACAGCUGGGGUCAUAUCACCUAAUGUAAAUUCACUCACAGCACCGAAUGCAGGAGCCAUGAAGAUGAUUGUCGUUUCAUCAGCUUCUGUGCCUGGAGGAAAUGUUGGCAAGCCAAUAACCAUAACAGUUCCAGGUGGUCAAGGAGGCAGACCAAAGACUGUUACUAUUGCAGCAAGACCUAGUGGUCAGGCAGUGAUAGGCUCUGUUCCUGCUACAGGGCAGAUUAUAAGCUCAGUUCAGCCCUCACAAACUCGCAUUGUGUCUACACAGCCUGCACUAACACUGGGUGCAAAACCAGUGACAAUGCAGCUAACUACCGCAGAUGGGGGACAGAAGAUGUUGACAUUACUGCCCAACAGUGGAACUACAAUGCCACUUGUAGCAGGAGCUGAGAAUAUGAGUUUAGGUAGCAGUUCAGCAGAGCUUGUGGCGGCCCUAGGUCAGACAGUCGGUACAUCUGCUGCUGCUACCCGCCAGCUUCAGCCCACCUCGACAAUAGCUUCGAGUGAAGGGCCUGCUACUACAGAUGCUGCACUGGCUGCUUUGGCCGCAGAAGCUGGACUCCUUGACCCACCCUUAGAAAACUUGUCACCAGCUUUUCUUCAAAAAGAACUUGAGGGUGAUGGGAGUGAAAUGUCACCAAAUUUAACAGGUGAUGAGCUCCAGUUUCCAACCUCCCAAGACAACUACAGAAGUGAUGGUGUAAGAAUGAACAGUACAAACAGUGACAAAUUAGUUAUCGACGAAAAUCUGGACAGCGGAAGUACGACGGGUGCUGACAGUGAUAUUGCCAAAGCUGCUUCAGAACUGAUGCAACUUAGUAAUCCAGAAGUUUGUAGCUUGGCAGAUGAACUUAGAUCUAUUAAGGAAAGUCAUUCGUCUGGCCUCGGUGAAAGUGCAGAUUGCAGCCUAAAUGAUGUUUUACAAUCGUGUACUGAUGGAAAUUUACAUGCAGAAAUGUCAGGUCACUCUCCAAUAAGUGCAAUGAAGUUCCAAAGUGAGCCCUCCAUAGAAGACCCUACAAAGGGAACAGACAUUGAUAACAGUGCUAUUAGUGCAGCGCAAGGAGAAAGCAGUUUGGGAAACAAAUCUGGACUGACAGAAAACAGAGAUUCGGAAUUCAAUUUGCGUGAGACUGACAGCAGUGCAAGCUCUCUGCCACUGAUGAAGACAGGUGAAAUGGAGUCUGAUGCUCUGUCCACAUUAGCAUCUGCAGCACUGGGCUGCAAGCAGGCACCGACGAAUGGAGCGCCUGUUCAACCUGCGGAGCAGAAGGGCCCUGUGGUCACACAACUGCCAGGAGCACCAUCAGCCAUAAAAAUUUUAAAGGUAAAUGAUGGUGUUAAUCUGUCUUGGGACCCUCCACCAAAUGAGGUCAUUAUAGAGUAUUCUGUAUAUCUUGCAGUACGCAGUGCCACUUCUCAAGUACGGGGAGAAAAUAAAACUGUCUUGAGUACAUCCACCCAGUUAGCUUUUAUGAGAGUCUAUUGUGGACCUAACAGUAACUGCAGGAUAGAACCUCAUCAAAUUGCUGAAGCUCACAUUGAUAAAAACACAAAGCCUGCCAUUAUAUUCAGAAUAGCUGCUCGAAAUGAGAGGGGAUACGGGCCAGCUACACAAGUGAGGUGGCUUCAAGUUUCAGGCAAGAAAUAAUGCGAUGACUUACUCAGCAUGCUGACGUCCCUUCACUUGUAUAAGCUGUUCAGUGACUAUUGGAAUUGGCAGUAUGACUGCCACUUAAUGUGAAUGCAGGGCUGAUUGGUACACACAUUAUAAAUUUUCUAUACACAAUUUGUUCAUGUCUAACUCAACAGUGUUACCGUACCUUCUUGUUUUUUCAAAAAUAGGUGUGUAAAAAGCACCACUGUUCAUCUGUUUUAUAUUAAGAGCUGCAGAAAUUUCAAUUUACAGUUUUAUUUAAUAUGGUGAAAGUUUCGUAAGAGUUAUUGUACUUUACAGUAAAGCUAAAUAUUUUUCAAUAAAUCCUGUUUAUCAUCCACACUGGGAGUCAAAAACUGCCAGACACACCAGAAUAUACACUCAUGUCUCUACCUGUUUGGAAACAGCACUCCCUGCUGUGAUCCUAGGUGUUAAAGUACCUGUGGAAGAUGAAGAUCUGUUUUUGAGUUCUUGUCUGGCACACUGUUAUAUAUAGAUGGUCCAUUUCAUUGUAGAGUAAUUUUUUUCAUGAAACAGACAAAAAUAGCAAUUCAUUUUCUCCCAGUGGUACCAUUGUAUCGACAUGAGAAUAUGGAAAAGUAGGAGAGAGGUAAACUGGCUGGCAGAAGCUUUAAAAUGUUCUAUUAGAAAUUCAUGUGAAAGUGAUUAAUACAGGUCUGUUGCUGGUCAGCAUAUGUCCCACUUCCUUUUGAAAGAUCCAGUCUGAAAUUUACAAUUUGCUGAAAAGUACCUAUCAUUUGUUCAGACUUCAAAUAGAUCUCAUUUUGUGAGUGGGACCAAUAUCAUGAAAGGUGAGUGGCUUCCCUAAAUCACUUGAGUUGAAUGCUGGGAUGUUUCAUUCACAUAGAUCAUGACCAAUUUCAUUUGCAAACCAAAUGCAUAAUCAAGUAAUACUCUGUUUCUAAUAAACUUUCAUGUCAACUUAUUGCCAAGGAAUUUAACUACCAUCACAUAUUACAAAAAUUCAGCUUCUGUCCAGUUGGUUGGUCGUAAAUGGGUUACAAUAAAAGCUAUAACUAUAUUAGUUUGUAUCAGAGUGCUUCUGUAGCCACUUUGCUUUCAGAACCUUGGAGUGAUGCAAAUCAUAAUUACAUUAAAAAAUGUUCAGAGAAGGGAUUUAUAUAAUUUUGAGGAGACGUGCUAUAGCAAUUAAAGCUUAGUUGAAAUGGAAAUUUUAGAAGACUUUUAAAACAUUAUGUCAUUAAUUUUGAUUUAAUGGUUGUUAAGAACAUAUGAAAACGGUGUAUGUUGCACCAAUUGAAAAAAAUACAAUUUUCCAUCUUUACAAUAAGAAAAUAAUUCUGUUUCAUCAUUUAUGUACCUCAAGUAAUCAUGAUAAACGUAAUGUGCACAUGUAAAUAUAACUUAGGCAUGGAAACACAUUAAUUUGUUGGAAAAAGUAAUGUGAAGUUCAACCUGAUGGGUUCAUAUGUUUGUUUCUAUUUGUGAGUGUAUAUAUGCUUUUCAAGUGAAAAUCAGAAUUACAUCUGCUGUGAAAGAAAUGUAUAUCAAUUAAUGUGACUGCAAGGCACAGCCUUCUUUCUGUUUGUCCAUAGUGUGCGUCUGAAGACAUGAAAUAUGUUUGCACAAAAAUACAAUGUUUACCAAGCAUUCCUGUACAUGUGGCAUAAUUUUCGCUUGCAUCAUAAAUCAUUGUAGAUUUUUGAUGGUUUAUAUUCCUGUGCCCCUUUCUCUGGUGUUAUUGAGUGUGCAACUUUUUCACUUUCUGCUGCUGAAUUUUGAGUAAGAUUUUGACACUGAUUGUUAGAAUAAACCAAUUUUUCUUAAAAAUUUCCCGAUAUUGUAUGUGCUUACUGUGUCCUAAUAAAUAAACAUUCAUAAAUUUUUUGUUUAGCGAAUGUUACGUAUCAUUCGUUGUAUUGCAUAUCUGUUCAAUUUUUAUUUGUUCAGAGAUGUAAAACAGAGAAUUGAAUCUAAUUUGUGUAAAUAGUAGUCCAGUGGGAAACUAUACUGCCUCAUUGAUAUAUACCGAAUUUGUGUAUGUUUUUGAAUUGAAAAUAGUAGUAAUUUAAGAUCUUACCUAAUGCCUCUGUGGAAGUGAUCAUAACUUGAACAUUUAACUAUGAAUGAAGCAUUCAUAUUUUUAAAGCCUAGAGCUAGUCUUGGUUAAAUCUUGUACAGUACAUAUGGCUGCUUUCAUAUCAAAUCAACAUUUACUGAAAUGUUUAAAUUUUCUGUAUUUUGUUUUGAUAAAUGUGGUACAUAAUUUCAUAGAAUUUUCCCUCCUGUAAAUUAAUUUUAAUUUUAUAUAUGUUUUAUUCACAUUAGUUAUUUGUGAAAGUGAUGAAUGUUACUAAUGUAGAACCAAUGCAGUUCCCAAGCUGUUGAAUAGAAUGAAUAAAUGGUAUUUUGUAAUGUG